ACCACAGAAAAGACUUCAAAAUAAAUAAAUAUAUGUUUUUGUGAGGUUAUGUGGUUAUGUCCUGAAAGGUGAAAGUGAUUUAAAUUUGCAAUUUGUAUAAUUUAUAGAGAAUAUCAUGGUUGUAGCAUUAGGUUUCGAAGGAAGUGCAAAUAAAUUAGGUAUUGGGAUAAUUAAGGAUGGCAAAGUACUUUCAAAUUGUAGAAGAACCUAUAUUACACCACCGGGUGAGGGUUUUUUACCUAAGGAGACAGCACAACACCACAGGGAAAACGUUUUAGUGGUAUUAAAGGAAGCUUUACAGGAAUCACAAUUAAAGCCUGAAGAUAUAGAUGUCAUUUGUUACACAAAAGGUCCUGGAAUGGGAGCUCCUUUAGCCACCGUUGCUGUUGUGGCAAGGACUGUAGCUCAGUUAUGGAACAAGCCACUUCUUGGAGUAAACCACUGUAUAGGACAUAUCGAGAUGGGUAGACUAAUAACUGGAGCCAGUAAUCCCACUGUCCUCUAUGUUAGUGGUGGUAAUACUCAAAUCAUAGCUUACGCAAGAAAAAGGUAUAGAAUUUUUGGAGAAACUAUUGAUAUAGCUGUUGGUAACUGCUUAGACCGAUUUGCAAGAGUAUUGAAGAUUUCUAAUGAUCCUAGCCCAGGCUAUAAUAUUGAACAAAUGGCUAAAAAAGGAUCUAAAUAUGUUCUAUUGCCUUAUUGUGUUAAAGGUAUGGAUGUUAGUUUUUCAGGAAUUUUGUCGUUUAUGGAAUCAAAGACAAAAAGUUUACUGAAAGAGGGAUACACGCCUGAGGAUCUCUGUUUCUCUUUACAGGAAACAAUAUUUGCCAUGUUAGUUGAAACAACAGAACGAGCCUUAGCCCACUGCAACUCCCAAGAAGUUCUUAUUGUCGGAGGUGUAGGCUGCAAUCUUAGACUUCAAGAAAUGAUGGGUGUAAUGUGCAAGGAAAGGGGAGCCGAACUGUUUGCUACCGAUGAACGGUUUUGUAUAGAUAAUGGAAUAAUGAUCGCCCACGCAGGUGCGGAAAUGUUUGGAGCUGGAGUUAGAAUGAAAUGGGAAGAUUCCUUUAUAACACAGAGGUAUAGGACUGAUGAAGUGGAAACUGUUUGGAGAAAUGAUUGAUUGUAAUAAAACUGUAUAAAGUAUUUUAAAAUUCA